CAGGCCAUGAUUGUGUCCACCUAUAUAGAUUGUUGGCCAUGGCCUUCUGUUUCAGUGUUGCUUUCACCUUGCGGAAUCAUGGUCAAGAUAAUACUGCUUGUGGCUGCUCUCUGCGCAACGGCUCUGGGCAUCGACGUCCAUAGCUGUGGAGACGAGUAUCCCCACCCGACGCAGGUCAUCGUUCCGGGCUGCAAUGUGAUGCCGUGUGAGGUGCCGAACCUAUCCGAUUUCAGUUUCUCGGUUCGGUUCGCUCCGUCCUUCCCGACAGGCACGUUGGCCGUUGAUGUGAGCGCUACGCUGGGAGAUUUCAACUUGCCAUACGAAACGCCGGAUCAUCUGCGGGAUGGAUGCGCCAACAUUGAUGGAAGCUGCCCAUUAGCAGCUGGCCAGGAGGUGACCCUGUCGGGAACGGCUCCGGUGGAAGCUCCACUGACGCGUGUGACCGUCCGACUGCGGUUCGAGGUUACCGGAGAUGGAGGGCAGAAGGCAGUCUGCUUUGCUGCUGAUGUAAGAUUGAUUUAAGGUUCGGGAGGUCGAGUGAAGGUCAAAUAAAUGUUGUGGUGAUGCAAGUUAAAA